CACAACCAUCCCAUACUCACGAUGAUCUCGAUCGGAAAGCUCGAUGAGCUCAACGCGCACUCCCGAUUUAUCGUGUCUCUUCGCUCGAUCUCCUUGGAAUCGAAGUACCAUUCGAUCGUGAUUUAUGCGGUGGAGAAAGAGCACCCGAGGCCGACUGGACCGGAACUGGAUGUCGAGAAGGACCUGGCCAGAAGGCUAGACUCGGUCGCGCUUGCCUCUCAUGCUCGCGAAUGGCAUGCCAUGGAAGAAGAAUGCCCUCAUCUGGGCGCCUCGAUGGCUGAAGCCGAGAUUGAAAUCGAAGAUGACGGAGUCGUUGCGAUCUGUCCUUGGCACAAUUAUGAUUUCAACUUGCGAACAGGAGAAUCUUCUUCCGGCUUGACGGCAUGCGUCCUGCCAACUUCGAUCAAAGAUGGGAACCUUUAUAUUGGAUAUCCCAGCGGAGCAACUGAUUGGACGCUCAUCUCAGUACGGCCCGUCUCCCAACGAUUCGCGAUACCCAACCUUGAUGCUGAAAAGCUUGAAAGUUCCAUCCAAUCGUUGGAACGACCACGCCCUGAAUCGUUAGUGGAAUGGGGUGCUCUGAUCCUCCGAACUUCGAAUCCAGAUUUGAAAGUCAACCUGACCCGACAUGCCGUUGGAUUAUUCCGGAAGGGAGACAUCCCGAUCCUGGCUCUCUCGACUACCCCCGAGGAAUUUUCACUCCCUCCUGAAACACCAUCUCGUGAAUCGGUCCAAAUGGUCCGACCUGGUGAUGUCUUGAAAAGAGGAAAGGGUGGCAGUCUGGCUAAUCGCAUCAAACUUCUACAUGCUUUGGCAAAUAUCGAGCUGUGGGCAAUCGACUUGGCUUGGGAUAUAAUCACGCGUUUUGCUCAAGAAAAAAUAAAUGGGAAGUUAUUACCCAGGGCAUUUUUUACUGAUUUUGGUAAAGUAGCAGAGGAUGAGGCAAAACAUUUUACCUUGCUCAGGGAAGCCUUAAGAAGGUUAGGUAGUGAUUGGGGAGAACUGCCGAUUCACGAUGGGCUUUGGCAGUCAGCUCGCGAUACGUCGCACUCUCUGAUAUCGAGGAUCUGCAUAAUUCAUCUUGUUCAUGAAGCGCGUGGCUUGGAUGUGAACCCCACGCAGAUUAAGAGAGUUCGGGACGCCGGAGAUUUGGAGACCGCACAAUCGCUGGAAAUCAUACAUGCUGAUGAGGUGACGCAUGUGGCAGCUGGCCACCGCUGGCUCUGUUACAUCUGCAACAAUUCUGUACCGAAAACUGCGCCAGUCAGCGUCUUCAGAAAAGAGGUGAAAACACAUUUCUUUGGGAAGUUGAAACCCCCUUUCAAUGUCGAAGACCGAGCUAAGGCUGGUUUGGACCCGAGUUUCUAUGAAGACUUUUAGCAUCCUUGAAAUGUCCCGUGUGCCUGUCUCUUCCCCCCUAUCCGUUAUUAGAUCACGUGUUAGUUGUCACUUGAUGUUUGAUUUAUCAUUCAAUGAAUGUUUUGGAAGUUUCACUUCUAUCGAAAUUCCAUCUGCACUGUUCACUAUGGUUCAGAUUGCCG